CUCUGCUGCUUUCGAGUGAUGAUGAUGAUGAAAGCAGAGUUAAGUCGCCGAAUGACGAUGAACAACACGAGUCUUUGAAAAUUCAACCCUUCAUUCACAUAACCCAUCUCCCAUUUUUCCCAAAUUUUCUGUUCAUUUUCACAAAUUUUCAAAAAAAUGGUGAUUCACUCUGUAACCGCAAUAAUGUUGCUCGUUUCCUUUCACAUUUUGCUCCUUCUACCCGACGGAAUCAUGACAGAUCUGACGUCCGACAGAGCUGCUCUCCUUUCUCUCCGCUCCGCCGUUGGCGGCCGUACUCUCUUCUGGACCACCACCCAACAAAAUCCAUGUAAUUGGGCCGGUGUACAAUGUGAUAACACCAUUAACCACGUCACCGCCCUCCACCUCCCUGGUGUCUCAUUAUCCGGCCAGCUUCCGGUCGGCAUUUUCGGUAACUUGACUCAGCUUCGAACCCUUAGUCUCCGUUUCAACGCACUCUCCGGCCCUCUCCCUUCCGAUCUCUCUUCUUGUGUUAAUUUACGUAACCUGUAUCUCCAAGGUAAUCGUUUCUCCGGCAACUUCCCGGAGAAAAUUUUCAGUAGUUUACGUGAUCUUGUUAGAUUAAACCUUGCUGGGAAUAAUUUAUCCGGUGAGAUUUCAACUGGGUUCAACAAUUUCACUCGGUUAAGAACACUCUACCUCGAGAACAACCAGUUUUAUGGGUCUCUGCCGGAGCUCAAAAUACCCAAUUUGGAACAGUUUAAUGUCUCAUUUAACAACCUCAAUGGCUCUGUUCCUAAAAGUCUCCAAUCAAACCCUAAGGAAUCGUUUGUCGGAAAUUCCCUUUGCGGUUCUCCCCUAGACCAAUCUUGCCCUAGAAAAGAGGAUGUUCCUCCGGCAGUGUCAGUAGAUCUUACCAGGAACAGGAAGAAGAAGAAUCGCUUAUCCGGCGGCGCCAUUGCUGGAAUCGUAGUCGGAUCUGUACUGGGGCUUGUCGUUGUCCUCCUACUACUAUACAUACUUUGUCGAAAGAGAACCACUAAGAAAACGAGUUCAAUAGACAUUGGUGCCAAGAAACUCGCCGAUGCAGAGGUUCUCGGGGAGAAACCGCUCACAGGGUCUGGCAUGGGUAGCAAUGGAUUCUCCGUCGCUGCAGCAGCUGCGGCGGCGAUGACAACCUCUUCCACGGCGGGUGCAAACACCGGUGGAGGUGGAGAUGCCACUGGUAACAAAAAGCUGGUGUUUUUUAGAAACUCGUCCACCAUAUUUGAUUUGGAGGAUUUGCUACGAGCUUCUGCAGAAGUUCUUGGUAAAGGGACAUUUGGGACGGCGUACAAGGCGGUGCUGGAGGCCGGGAUGAUGGUGGCGGUGAAGAGAUUGAAGGAUGUUACAGUUUCUGAAUCAGAAUUCAGAGAAAAAAUGGAAUCUGUGGGUGCAAUGGAUCAUGAGAAUUUGGUUCCACUCAGAGCUUACUAUUACAGCAAAGAAGAGAAGCUUCUUGUCUAUGAUUAUAUGCCAAUGGGAAGCCUAUCUGCACUUCUCCAUGGAAACAAAGGUGGUAGUAGGACACCAUUGAACUGGGAAAUACGGUCCAGCAUUGCUCUUGGAACUGCCCGUGGCAUCGAUUACUUGCACAGUCACGGUCAUGAUGUCUCCCAUGGGAACAUCAAAUCGUCAAACAUCCUCCUUUCCAAAUCUUAUGACGCCCGUAUAUCCGAUUUUGGUCUAGCCCAUCUCGUUGGUCUCCCUUCAACCCCGAACCGCGUGGCUGGAUAUCGUGCACCAGAGGUUACAGACCCUCGAAGAGUCUCCCAAAAAGCAGAUGUUUACAGCUUUGGUGUGUUGCUUUUGGAACUUCUAACCGGAAAGGCCCCGACUCAUGCCCUGUUAAAUGAAGAAGGGGUUGACCUGCCGAGAUGGGUGCAGUCGACGGUAAAGGAAGAGUGGACAUCCGAGGUGUUUGAUCUCGAGCUAUUGAGGUAUCAGAAUGUGGAGGAGGAAAUGGUGCAACUGUUGCAGCUCGCAAUAGAUUGUGCGGCUCAGUACCCUGAUAACCGGCCCACAAUGGCAGAGGCCAUGAGCCGGAUUGAGGAGCUGCGUCGGGUGAGCUUGAUAAAAGGCGGAGAUGGUGUUUCAAACCCGGACCCGGAUCGUGUUCAUGAAUCAGAUUGAGGCAUGAGAAUUAGUUGAAUGAAUGUGUUGGUUGGAUUUGGAUGACUGGUGUUGUAAUUAUGAUUUGCUUUAGCUUUUGCUUUUGCUUUUUGAGAAGCAACUUUCAUGUGUUUCAAGAUAAUGAUGUUUCAUUUCACCUGCCCUUCGCC